AUGACGACAGGGACACUCACCGAGUUGUUCUAUCUCAAGUGGAAAAAUCAGCCAAUAGAAAAACAAGGUAAUUUAAAAAGAAGUACGAAUUUCCCCACUGAAUUUGCCUUUCAAGCAAUAUCGAAUGGUUUCGUUUCGGUAGACACGUUUUUCUUCGUGAGUGGUUUUUUGGUUGUUUACACGACCUUCCAAAGCGUCAAGAAAGUCAAUGGAAGAUUCAGUAUUCCCGUGUUUCUCAUGCACCGAUAUCUUCGAUUGGCACCUACAUUACUGAUGGUUUCGGCUAUUCUAAUCGUUAUUCCACUGCUUGGUUCCGGACCUAUCUGGCACGAAACGGUGGAUCACCUAGCGGAAGAUUGUAAAAAAUGGUUGUGGACGAAUGCUAUUUUCUUGAACAAUUUCAUAGGGACUACUACAAGGGAAAUAUGUUUGUUUCAUUCCUGGUAUCUCUCCUGUGAAAUGCAACUGUUUAUUCUGUCUCUGUGCGUGAUCAUUCCACUACUUAAGAACAGAGGGAUCAUUAGCGUGUGUGUAACCAUCACAUUUAUGUUAAUCUCCGUGGCAACUAUAGCCUUGAUCACCCACUUCAGAGAUUUCCCACCAGUCCAACUGUUCGCCAAUCCUGAUUUGAGCCAACAGUAUGAAUUUUCUAUGGAGCUCUACAUCAAACCGUAUACACACCUUGCUCCCUAUGCUGUUGGUUUACUGCUUGGACACCUGUACUUGAAGAAACCACAGUUGGCAUUCCCCAAGAGUGUUAAAGUUUUGGGAUGGCUUCUGACAAUUGGUUGCAAUCUGGCUGUUGUGUAUGGUGUUUACCCAUGGAACAAUGGAAUAGUUCCCAGUCGACCCGUUGCUAUUUUGUACGCUGCUACACACCGCCUUGCUUGGACGUUUGGCGUUGCCUGGGUAACGGUUCUCUGCAUUACUGGACAAGGAGGUAUCGUCAACAAGAUCCUGUCCUUCAAAUAUUUCAUCCCGUUUAGUAGGAUAACCUUGGAGAUCUAUCUUCUUCACCCAUUGGUACAAUGGGUUUACUUUGCUUCUCUCCAUGACAGGAUCUACGCGAGUCAUUACAUUGCAGUUUAUGUUUAUAUCGGCCACCUGGUGAUUGUGUACAUUCUUAGUUUCGUCUGUUGUCUCGCUUUUGAUACGCCAUUUUACCGUCUCCAAAAGCUCCUUCUUAUUCAAAAGUUUGAGGAAAACAAAGAAAGAAAUUGAUUUGAAGAGUAUCAGUUGGUAAGAAGUUUCAGCGUUUACCGUUAGGAUGACGGAAAACCUGCACGUGCUCAACUGGCUAAUCAUUUAUUCGAAUGUUAAGUGAAGAUAUGUAGAUUAGAAAUUGUCAUUAAUGUAGAAAAACAUGAGAUUAU